AUGGACGACGUGAGCAGCGCGCCCAAGGUCGAGAAGGCCAAGAUGGACGAGCCCGUCACGCCCAUGCAGGUGCACACUCCCGUCAAUGACUAUGAGGUCGACUACGAGAAGCAUGGCGCGGAUCGCGACUCGAAUCCCUACCCGGAUCUGAAGAGGAAGUUGAAGAGCAGGCAUCUGCAGAUGAUUGCUAUUGGUGGCACAAUCGGAACAGGCCUGUUCAUCGGGAGCGGCACGGCCGUGGCCUACGGAGGGCCUAUUGGAGCCCUCAUCGCCUAUAUCUUUGUCGGAACCAUCGUGUUUUCGGUCAUGACGGCGCUGGGUGAGAUCGCGACUUACAUCCCGAUCCCCGGCGGGUUCACCGCAUACGCCACCCGUUUGGUCGAUCCUAGCCUGGGUUUCUCCAUGGGUUGGAUCUAUUGGUUUUCAUGGGCAUCGACAUUUGCGUUGGAGUUGACGGCCACCGGUCUGAUCAUUCAGUACUGGGACGAGACGAUCAAUAUUGCCAUCUUCAUCGCCGUCUUCUGGGUCGUCAUAAUCAUCUUCAACCUGAUGCCUGUCGGCUUCUAUGGUGAAAUGGAGUUUUGGUUUUCGAGCGUCAAGGUCUUGACGGUGAUCGGCUUCAUGAUCUUUGCCAUUUGUAUGAAUGCCGGUGUUGGUCAGGAGGGUUAUCUCGGCUUCCGAUACUGGGUGCAUCCAGGCCCAUUCGCGGCCCCAAGAAACUAUUUGAUCUCUGGCGAUGUCCCACUGGCCAAGUUUGUUGGAUUUUGGAAUGUUCUGAUUCAAGCCGGCUUCUCCUACCAGGGUACUGAGUUGGUCGGUAUCGCCGCCGGAGAGACGGAGAACCCUCGGAAGACGGUGCCGUCGGCCAUCCGCAAGACCUUCUUCCGGAUCGUGUUCUUCUUCAUCCUGACCAUUUUCUUCAUUGGCAUCUUGGUGCCCUCUACAGACAAGGGCCUCGUGGCUAGUGAAGGCAGUGGUGCCAGCGCCAGCAACGCCAAGGCCUCGCCCUUUGUCAUUGCGGUGGAGCGGGCCGGCGUCCACGCGCUCCCGAGUAUCAUCAACGCGGUCCUGUUGACGGUGGUGCUCUCGGCAGCCAACUCGAAUGUCUACAGCGGCAGCCGUAUCCUGGUCGGCUUGGCCCAAGAGGGAUUCGCCCCCCGCUGGUUCAAGAAGACGACCAAGGGUGGUGUGCCUUACUUCAGUGUGCUCUUCACGGCGCUCUUCGGCUUGCUCGGGUUCCUGAAUGUGUCGAGCGAGGGUAGCACCGUGUUCACCUGGCUGAUGCAGAUUUCGGGCGUGGCCGGCUUCAUCACCUGGUCUUCGCUGAAUGUCUGCCACCUCGCCUUCCAGCGAGCCCUGAAGGCGCGCGACAUCUCCCGCGAUCUGUUGCCAUACAAGGCCGUCGGUCAGCCGUACCUGUCAUGGUAUGGGCUAUUUUUCAAUGUCUUGAUCAUCAUCACUCAAGGAUUUACUGCGUUUCUCGGACACUUCCAGGUGAAGGAGUUCUUCAUCAACUACCUGAGCCUGAUCCUGUGGGUGGUGCUGUACGUGGGCCACAAGGUGAUUGCCCGGCCGGCGUUUGUCAAGCCCAUUGAGGCUGACCUGGACACGGGCCGUACGGCAUUUGAGAACGAGACGUGGGAGACGGCGGAGGCGACGACGUGGAAGGGGAAGGUGUUGGAGUGGCUGAACUAG